GAGAGUAAAAUUCCGAAUCCGCCGCCGCCAUCAUAGAUAAAAUCGGCGUAUUGGAACUUGAGAGUGAAGCCGCAGCGCGUGGUAUUAGAUUAAUAUAUUAAUUUGUAAAUAAAUUAACACCACCAUGGGAGUCAACGUGGAAACUAUUUCACCUGGAGAUGAAUCCACCUACCCCAAGUCGGGACAGACUGUUGUGGUGCACUACACAGGCACUCUGACCAAUGGAAAGAAGUUUGACUCCUCCCGGGACCGUGGCAAGCCUUUCAAGUUCAGGAUUGGCAAGGGAGAGGUCAUCAGAGGCUGGGAUGAGGGUGUUGCCAAGAUGUCAGUCGGUGAGCGCGCCAAACUGACGUGCUCCCCUGACUUCGCCUACGGCCAACAGGGCCACCCUGGAGUCAUCCCACCAAACUCCACUCUCGUAUUCGACGUGGAACUUCUCCGCCUCGAAUAAACACCGCAAUACCUAUAUAUUAACAUUAGUCAUUAUCUGAUUCGCAUCUCUAUGUAUAACUCAACCUUCUAUGAGUGUAUAGCGAAAGAUCGCAUUUCAAACUGCCAACAUUAAUGAAUUUUCCUUGAAUUUUAUACGCUAUUUUUCAAUGUGGCAACACGUAUUUACGAUACUAAGUACUGCACAAUUUUGUGAGUAAAGUCGAUACUUAAGUAUGAAUUAAGACAAUUUAAUAACUACAGUUCACUCUCACAAUAUAUUUACUUUUUUUAUUACACAUCAUAUAGACUUUGAAUAUACUACAUUUUAGUCUUCCUUAUUAGGAAACGAAAAUUUAAUAGUUCUCAAAACUUAAGAAUUAGAUUCUAAAAGGCGGAUCUUAGCAUUGAUGACAUUCCUUGUGCAUUUUGGAUUACUAGAAUCUUAAUAUUGUCAUAGUAGAGGGUAUGUAUCAUUUAACUAUCGGCUGGUCCGUUAAUGAGUGCAAAAAACCAAGCAUUCAUAUCGAAAAUAUUGUGACAUGAUUAAACAUCAUGCUAUGAACGCAUUAAAAAUACGUAUUUGCAGCCGAUAUUUUAAUUAACAUACACCAUAAUAGUAACAUUUAAUAAUCGUUCUCUUUUGAAAAUAUAUAAUAGAUCUAUAGAAUUUUAAUCUGCAUUAAAAUGUUUUAACAAGCUAUGUCCCAAACUGUAUAUAAUUUAUACACAUGCUAUGUGUUUCAUCUGGAUGUGUGGUAGGUAAAGGUGUUUUCAAUAUAGCUUUAUCGAACUAAGAUAAAUAAACUUAUUGUGGAAA